UGGCCAUCACCUCUAUUUAAGCACCUCCAUCCCCUCUUCUCCUUUCAACAAACUCAAAUAGUAUUCUCUUACAAAUCUCUCAAUUUCAAGCUUCAGAAACAAAAAAUUUCAUAAACCUUAUACAACUACUCUCAACAAUUGCCAAAAAAAAUCUCUUUAUAGCUUUCUUCCAAUCUUAUACAACACUCUACAAAUUUGACAGUCUUUCUAUCCUACACUUUAGUCGAAAAAAAUGUUUACUUUCACGGAUCAAAACGACUUCCUUGAUCGUCGGUGUGUCUGGGUUAAUGGACCAGUUAUAGUUGGUGCUGGUCCUUCAGGGCUAGCUGUAGGAGCAUGCCUCAAAGAACAAGGUAUACCCUUUGUUGUCCUUGAAAGGGCUGACUGCAUAGCUUCUUUGUGGCAAAAACGUACCUAUGAUCGCUUAAAGCUUCACCUUCCAAAGCAAUUCUGCCAACUCCCUAACUUCCCAUUCCCUGAGCACUUCCCCGAAUACCCAUCAAAGAAACAAUUCAUUGAUUAUCUUGAAUCAUAUGCAAGGCACUUCGAUAUCAAUCCACAGUUUAAUGAGUGUGUCCAAACAGCCAAGUAUGAUGAGGCUUGCCAGCUAUGGCGAAUCAAGACUGUUUCUACAUGUGGUUCUGUCCAGUCCGAGGUUGAGUACAUCUGUCAAUGGCUAGUUGUGGCAACUGGAGAAAAUGCAGAGCGUGUUGUACCAGACAUUGAAGGAUUACAAGAGUUCGGAGGAGAGGUUAUCCAUGCUUGUGAAUAUAAAUCUGGUGAAAAAUACAGUGGAAAAAAAGUUCUAGUUGUGGGGUGUGGAAAUUCAGGCAUGGAAGUUUCACUUGAUCUUUGCAACCACAAUGCUAAACCAUCAAUGGUCGUUCGAAGCUCGGUGCAUGUAUUGCCAAGAGAAAUCUGUGGAAAAUCAACUUUCGAAUUGGCCAUGAUAAUGAUGAGGUGGUUACCUCUUUGGCUGGUUGAUAAACUUAUGCUAGUAUUAGCAUGGUUUAUUCUUGGAAACACUGAAAGCUAUGGUCUCAAAAGGCCAUCAGUUGGCCCUUUGGAGCUGAAAAACACUCGUGGAAAGACCCCUGUUCUUGACAUUGGUGCACUAGCAAAGAUUAGAUCCCGAGAUAUUAACGUUGUUCCUGGAAUCAAGAGGUUCUCAAAAGGCCUGGUAGAACUUCUCGAUGGGGAGAAACUUGAAAUUGAUUCUGUUGUUUUGGCUACUGGCUACUGCAGCAAUGUCCCUUACUGGCUCCAGGAAACUGAUUUCUUCUCCAAGAAUGGUCUUCCCAAGACACCAUUCCCAAAUGGUUGGAAAGGAAAUGCUGGUCUCUAUGCAGUUGGGUUCACACGGAGAGGGCUUUCUGGUGCAUCCCUAGAUGCCACGAGAAUAGCACAAGACAUUUCAAAAGUUUGGAAGGAGGACUUAACCCAUAAAAAGCAAAAAGUUCCUACUCACCGACGAUGCAUUUCAACUUUCUAAUCAGUGAAACAAUAGGCUAAUAGUAAUGUGUAUAAUGUAAAAAUACAGAGAUAGCACAAACACUAGCCCUCUCCAAAAAGCCCAAGUUUUGAGAUUUUUAGGGCAUUUUGUAUACUGAUUAGAGGAAGAUGAGGCUUUUUUUUCUUCUUUUAGUUUUAUCUGAGGAUUUAUGGAAUGAUUCAUUAUCACUUAUAAUGAAAAAUACAUUUGUUCUUUUAUUCA